AAGAAUGAAAAAUUAAAAAGGAGAAAGAAUGUGGUCGGCAAGAGAAAGACAGACAGCCUCUGAAUUACGCAGUCUGGCCGGGAUUCUCUCCCUUUUCUCUUCUUCCCCCCUUCCCUAUAAUAUGAUAAUGAAUAAUAACAACCAUUCUUAGUUGCUGCUGCUGCUGCUCAUUUGUCACCUUAUCUAUCUCACUCACUCAGGUCUUUUGGGUGAAUUUGUGCACACACAAUGUCUCAGACAAAUGAGAGUCCCAAAGACGUUAUUGUUGCCGAAAAUGAUCCAAAAGUUGAAGUAAAUGAUGGCCCUUCUUUUGAAGAAGUCCCAAAUCAUGUUGACAAGACCGAGGAGAAUCCCAUGCCCUCUCCAGCCCAGGAGGAAGCAGUAAUGAAGAAAAAGUAUGGAGGGUUACUACCACGGAAAACCCCAUUAAUCUCAAAGGACCAUGAUCGUGCCUUCUUUGAUUCAGCAGAUUGGGCACUGGGAAAGGGAUCACAAAAGAGUAAAGGACCUUUAGAGGCAUUGCGUCCGAAAUUACAGCCAACACCACAUCAUCAAGGUCGUUCGAGACGGUCAGCUUACGCUCCUGCAGAUGAAGGAGAAGAUGGCGGUAGCCCAAAUCAAGCUGCUUCAGAGGAUCAGAGCUCCGUGUUGGAAAUGACCAAUGAUGAAAAUUCUCAUUUCGAAGAGCAGAAGCAUCCGAAUUGAGUGUUUUCAAUUAAGAGGCCAUACCUUUGCUCAGGACUAGACUGGUAUGAAUAACAUCGCAUGGAUUUUGUACCUAUUGUUUCAGAAUCAAGAAACACAUACAUGUCUGAUAGUACUAUACCAUUCUUGUAUCAUGGGAGUUUUACCAUCUUCAGAAUGUGGUGUGUGGUCUCUAUAUAUGACAGACUAAAUAAUCUUGUUAUGUGACU